AUUAGUGUUACUUUUCUGAAGCACACCUGUCAGUCUCGGCUGAAAGCGACCGAUCAGCUGAUUGAAAUUGUAAAACUAAACUUGAAAUUGGACACUGCAAGUACUCGGCAAGAAUAAUUGACUGUGAUUUUAUGUAAAAAGAUGAAGUUCCUUAUCUCCAGAUCUCUCUCUGUUGCUGUGAAAAAAACAGCUGUUGGGUCCAAAUAUCAUAAAUUUACAGGAACACAUUUUUCAAAAGGGAAACCUUUCCAAGGACACCUUUCCAAAAGGAACAUAUUUUUCUCUUUCGCAGCAGUAAAUGUAACUAUUUUCCUAAACUCAGAGAAAAUGAGUUUUUGUGCUGGGUUUUCUUCAGUUCACUCUUUUCAGUGACACAUUUAGAAUGGUGUAGAGAACCAAAACAGUACACACUGUAAUUCCAAACGAUGUGUACACUGGAAAAUGUCCUUCCCAUCCAUGUGAGAAAGACCAAAUACACACACAAAUGAGACAAGACAAAUAGACAUACAUGUACAUGUAGAUUUUAAAUGACACACAGUACUAUUAACACACAUGUAAGUCACCCCUCCCUUAUCUUGUGCACAUUAAUAAAUUUAUGGAUUUGACCUUGUGACCUGUUGCCAUGGAUACAUGUAAAGUCAACACCACCGCGAAUCCCUUUUCCACGUAUUCUAUUGAUGUUUAAAUCCAUGUGAAUGCAUUGUUUGGUUUAAUGCAAUAAAAUGCUGCAUUUUUUCCCCUAACAACAGUGCACGUCCAUGUACAUGUACAGUGUCGGACUAUACGAGGUGUCAUGUGGUUAGGUGGGGUUGUUCCUCAGUUGCACUUUCAAUUGUCUGGUUGUGUUGUGGUGGACUGGCAGUGCAAUUGUCCGCCUGUGUAUUCAUUCAGUCGGGUGUUACAUAGGAAUCAAUUCGACUCUUUCUAUAGCUAUUCACAGGUGUAUUGAGGUUUGCAAGGGCUGGUGGUAGUACUACAUCCUAUGAGGGCUGAUAUGGCGUGUAUUAAUGGAAUGCAUAUGUGCAACAUAGGGGAUAUAAGUAAAGGACUGGCUUAGGGAGAAAAUGGGCAGUGCGGAUGGACUGAAACAAACCGACAACUGGAUUUCAAGGAGUCUUGGCACGCCAGUUACAACCGCUUUGAAUGUAAUUGGUGUCAGCUAUUACAUGACUGUCACCACGCUGGGUGCCAUCUUGGAGUGGUUUGUCAUAUUGCCGGAGCUGUCCCGUGCUCUGGGAGUCUCCGCUGUCAGCCUUCAACUGCUACUCCUGUAUCUUUUCGUCAAUGCCAUGGGGAACUAUUUGCUGGCCUCAUCCUGUGACGUCCGCUUGAAGAAGCGCCGUCGCAUAUCUGCCCGAAGUGCCAACCGCUAUCCUAUGAUUCCCUUCCGCGCCCAUUACUGCAAGGUGUGCGACCAGUGCGUCCUGAAGCGGGACCACCACUGCUUCGUCCUGGGAAAGUGCGUCGGCUACCACAACCAGAAGUACUUUAUCUACUGCUCGCUGCAUACGGCCCUGGUCUCGGUGUACGCCCUGCUGACCACGGCCAUGUACAUGCACGUGUCGUUCCGGACCAAGUUUUGGGGGGCGUUCACUUUCUUCACGCUGCUGCCGUCGUCCAUCGAGCGGUGGCUGCUGGGUUUGGCGGGAUUGCACGAGCUACUGCUGGUCCUGUUCCUGUACAUCUGCCUGACGGGAGCGCUGGCAGGGCUGGGUUUCUUCGUCUGGCACAUGUUCCUUGUGGUGAUGGGACUGACCACCCAUGAGGCCAUCAAUGGGGAGAGGGGAACAGAUACCUCUAUCUGGGAGAAUUUCACGGACACGCUAGGAAAGUACUGGCUCUUGGGAGUGUUAUUUCCCGUGCCUCUGCCCCAAUAUGGCUCUGGAAUGUAUGAGGGCAUAACGAAGCUACCAAUAAACCAUCAAGAUUGAUGUACAGGCAAUCCUUACUUUUAGGACACCCCUUCAGUUUUGUUUCGCGUUUAAAACUUGUAACAAAUAUUGUGAGUCCAAAAUGACCUUUGUGGCCUCAGGAAGUCACCCCUUUCUUACGAGGACAAGACUGAGUCAUUGUGGGGAGAACAUUUGCUAAACAAUGUGACAUUUCUACAUGUACCAAUUCUGGCGGUGAAAGACAUUUAUAUGACACGUGCAAAUUAGAGGGGUCCUCAAAUUAAGGAUUGCAGAAGUUCUGUAUGCCUGAAGGCCGACAUAUGUUUUUUAUUCACAGUGCAAUUCCCCCAUCUAGAAUGGCAUUCGGACCAAGUUGAAAGAAAUACAUGUAUUAAACAGCAAAAAUAAGAGAUUUGUGCAUCAAGUUGAAAGAAUUAAGAGCAAAAACAAGAGAUUUGUGCAUCAAGGGACGUGAAAAACAUGCUGAAAAAUACACAUUUACUUCAGUCAGACUAGCUGCAAGCACUGGCUUUAAUCAACUCAUAAUGUAACCAGGAUAAAAGCAUCUUUCCAUAUGCGUGUCAACACCUGUGCCAAGCAGCACGUAUCCGUCAGAAUCGUUCAAGGAGCGACUGGUUAUGUCAAUGGAGUCGAUUUGUGUGUCCAUGAAAGUGAAGCACAUGAAUUAUCAUGUACGCAACGCACCAUAAAGACGUACAUAUUAUAUGGAAAGGCACCCGAAGAGUCAUGACCAGUGAGAUCUCAUUUUGAGAGGUCUGUGCAUGCAAAGUUCCUUCUUAAAAUGUACUUGUACGAGUAGUUCAGCUUCAAUCUAAUUCUGUAGGAGCGACAGACAAUACAUGCACCGUCGUUUCACUGACAUUAAAGGGCACAUACGAGUCAGCAGAGGUGUGCAUUGCAUUGUGGGUGGAGGGUUGACAUCAUGCAACUCUUGGUGCAUUCAUUACUUGUGGUUCUCUGUCCAUCCUUUCAAAAUCAAAUCUUGCAUCCCCUCAAUUCCCAUCACGGCAUGGGAUGCUGCAAUGAGAAAAAUUCUUCUGUUUGUCACCUCCCAUUGAUCUUAGUUUCUGCAUCGUCAAGCCACAUCAAAGCACUGUAGCGGAUGGAAUGAUGCAUCACUAUGUACCUGUAUCGAUGCUGAACCCUCAGUUGUAACUAGACCUUUUUGUGUUCACGUAUGAACAAAGGAUGUGAUGUGUACUGUGAAUCAGUGCUAUUCAUUGGACCCAUAAAGUCUGACUUUCAAGUUUAUCAUAAUUUUUAAUAGACAGGUGAAAAAUUAAAGUGAUAAAUUUGAUUCAAACAGGAGGAAGAGUAGAAAGAAAAAUGUUUUUCCAAGAAUGUUUUGUAAGGUUCCAAUUUCAUUUGAAUGUCGUUUAAUUUUGUACUCAUAAUACUGAAGUGUGCAUCUGUUAAAACUUAAACAAAAUUUAUUGUAGUAUUUAUUUUGCUGUCAUAAUAAUGAUCGAGAAAAUAUGUACCUUGUUCUAGAAAUGUUACAUAUACAAUGUAAAAAGAGACGUAAUUUAGAAGUACAAGUAGGCCUGACAUUUUUUGUCUAAAAUACCAGAAAAUGUUUAUGCACAAUGUACAGUACAGUCACGGUGCCAAUUGUCAUCUAAAAUGAGGAAAACCAAGCCUAAAAUCAGGCCUCGCCCGAAGGGCUUACACAUAGAUCCCGGAACAUACACUGCAGAUGGUCAGUGAAGAAUUUAACACAAAAGUACCGGUAGUUAUUUUUUAACAUGUGCUAAUGAGACGAUCCUUUUUCAUAGAAUUCUCAUCUGGUUGACAGUACAGUGCUCAAAUUGUGAAGGUGAGAGUGACACCAAGCUGAGGUAAUGUACCACACUGGCGUCACAAUAUUUACAGCUGCUCUUGGUUUAAGUCAAACAGUGGACGGAUUUUUGAAGUUAGCAUACUUACAGGCACGAGCACUUGCCAGCAUAGUGGUUAUUCAUGUACAUUAGUACUAAACUGUUACUACGAUGGCUUUAUCCUCCCAUAUGGGAAGUGUUGAUGUAUCAAGAUACCAUUAAAAAAUAGGAUGUCCUACGUAGUUUGGAACAUCCAAACUGAAACAACAAA